AUGUACUUGGCUAUUUGUACUAGUGCUCAAAUAUUGGCGUACAUGUCAAGUAUGCCAGUCGUGGGAAUGAGGCUUGAGAAGAGGGAGCGUUACCUUACCUUAGUGAAGUUAUCGAGUGCUUGCCGCACUGCUUUGUCGGCCUUCUCAUUCCACAAUGGUCUGGUGUCUAAAUAUUUUAUAAAUGCUCAAAACAUUAUGAUUACCAUAAAUUGAUUAGAAAUUAUUUCAUUCAAUAAGUAAUUAAAGGUUUUAAGAUUUAAAUUUUUGUUUAGAAAAGUAAAAAUAAAUUAUUUCUACUUUUAUACCUGGAUAUUAGGUAUUUGUAUGCGUAUAAAAUUACAAUGAAAUAUCAAAAACUAAACAAAUUUUAAUACUAAUUAUUAAUAAAUUAUAGUUAUUUUCGACUAGCCAAAUGUUUUUUUCAUAUUAUACGAUCUUCAUGCGAAUUAUUCAAUUUUGAAUCAUUCUGUAAUGCUUGUGUACUCAGACAUCAGAAUACUAUUUAAAUAUUAAUGUGACUAAUGAUGAAAUUAAUUUUUAUGUAACCCAUCCCAAAUGGCAAAAACGGGCGUUAAAUCUAAAUUUUAUCUUUUCUCUCUCAAUGUUAUCAGAAUCCUCACGUGUUCUAUAACAGAAAAAAAAAUAAUGAUAAUAUUAUAUUGGUUCAAAAACUUAAAAAUAAUUAUAAUAUACCGUGUAUAAUAUAACAUAUUAUGAUAGAAACACAAAUCUAAUAUGUACUUUCGGUAGUAACUAUUUAUUAUAGUAAAAUUAGUGUUUCAUUAUUUUUUUUUUGUCAAUGAAUAAAAUAAUAUGUUACUCUUUCAUUUGCGUUCAAGUUUCGCUAUAUUUAUCCUUCGUUUGGCCUGUUUAAUCGGUCGUCCAAUUAAGGAUUUGUCUAUAAAGUACCCACAUAAUAAUAUUAUGUACUAAUAUAUUUUUUUUUUUUAAAUCGUUCAUGUAUCAAAUUAUAAUAUUAAUUGUACGAUUAUACCUAUGUGAAAAUAUGUAUUAUAUUUCACCUAAUAGAAAUACAUUGUACGAAGCAAAUAUUUAAUAAUAUUUUUGUCAAUUUGAUAAAUUUCAGAUUGAGAACGCUUUCAAAUGAUCAGUUAAAACAUGCGAGUCAACUAUCUGGUUCCGAACAGGAUGGCUCUUCCGAGUGUGUGGUUCAAUCGCUAACCGAUUCUAGUGGCGUUUCGUUUGAAUUAAAUAAAUUACCACACCCGCAAACGAUGUCGUGUACGAUUAACAAUAUUUACAUAAUAGGCAACUUGAACGCGUCCGUUAUAAAACUUGGUGAAUCGUCGUUCGAAAAAGUUUCCACGACGACUAAAAUGAACAACUCAUAUUUCCCCACCACUUUCACUCCGACUACGCAGUCCAGCUGUGAUAAUGUUGAUACGAGAUCCUCUAAGAGUCGAAUGCCGGAAUAUUUUGAUAAAGGCAAGAGCUCAGUAAAACCGAAAAUGAUAUCCAACGAUCAUCCAGCUGGUUACGAACAUACAACCGAUAAUAUCAUCCGUGCUACUUGCCAUUGUCAUUCCGUAAAUAAAGAAUAA